AUAUUCUGUCACGCUUCGCCUCUUUUGGGGAAAAUGGAUAAGUCCUCAGACUCACUGAUGUGUGACAGCUUGUCCACUUUCUAACUCACAACUUCCGUUAGUGGGGGGGGGGGGGGGGGGGGGGAGGCAAGAGGUGGGCGACCAUGAAGUAAUUUGGCCGAAAAGAUUUUUACUUCCUGCUCCUGAUGGGCCGCUGGAGUCAAAGGAUUGAGGAGGCAAGGUUCAUAGGAAGCCAAAGAAGAAUUCGUUACAACCACAAUGCCGAAUUUCGACCUCGUGGGCUGAGUAAUGGUAGCGCCCGUGUUUUUUCUGCCUCUCUGCAAUCCUUUGGAUUCGUGUCUUCAGUAGGGGUGUAGUCAAACCAGGCUGGGUGCGACUGAGUAGGCUUGGACCCGCCUGGGGUGGGAUGCUUCUGGGUGCGGCCACGUGUCCUGGCAAGUGCGUCUGUCUCUGUCUUGCUGCUUUCCUUCUUCUCUUUUCCAGAUGAUUGGUGAUCAAUCUCUCUACCUGCCGAUACGAGAGCGUGCGUAGGGCUGCCCAGCGGUAUGGCCUUCGAGAGGGAGGGGAAACCAAUGACUGGACUCUCUACUGGACAGACUACUCAGUGUCGCUGGAGAGGGUGAUGGAAAUGAAAAGUUACCAGAAAAUAAAUCACUUCCCUGGGAUGAGUGAAAUCUGCCGAAAGGACUUGCUGGCCAGAAAUAUGAGCCGCAUGUUAAAGAUGUUCCCUAAGGAUUUCCUCUUCUUCCCUAGGACCUGGUGUCUUCCUGCUGACUGGGGAGAUUUGCAGAACUACAGCAGGUCAAGAAAAAAUAAGACGUACAUUUGUAAGCCGGAUUCCGGCUGCCAAGGGAGAGGUAUAUUCAUCACCCGGACGGUGAAAGAUAUCAAGCCAGGCGAGGAUAUGAUCUGUCAACUCUAUAUUUCAAAGCCCUUUAUCAUUGAUGGGUUCAAGUUUGACCUGCGGAUUUACGUGCUGAUGACGUCCUGUGACCCCCUCCGGAUUUUUGCAUACAACGAAGGGCUAGCGCGCUUCGCCACCACCUCCUACUCCCACCCCUGCGCAGACAACCUGGAUGACAUCUGCAUGCACCUGACUAAUUAUUCCAUCAAUAAGCACAGCUCCAAUUUCGUUCGAGAUGCUCAGGCUGGGAGCAAGAGGAAGCUCUCCACCUUCAGCGUGUACAUGGAGAGCCACGGCUACAACACGGAGCAGGUCUGGAGAGAUAUCGAGGACGUCAUCAUCAAGACGAUCAUCUCCGCCCACCCCAUCAUCAAGCAUAACUACCACACCUGCUUCCCCAACCACACACUCAACAGCGCCUGCUUUGAAAUCCUGGGCUUUGACAUUUUGCUGGACCACAAACUCAAGCCCUGGCUGCUGGAGGUCAACCACUCUCCGAGCUUCUCCACCGACUCCUGGCUGGAUAAAGAGGUGAAAGACAGUCUGCUAUAUGACACUUUGGUCCUGAUCAACCUGGGAAGCUGUGACAAAAAGAAAGUCUUGGAGGAGGAGAGACAGCGGGGGCGGUUCCUGCAAAAAUGUCGUUCUCGGCAGACCAGGAUCGAGGAGGUCAAGGGUUUCCAGGCUGUGUGGUUAGAGAAAACUGAGAAGUACGAGAAGGAAAACUGUGGAGGGUUCCGCCUGAUUUAUCCUACUCUGAAUGCGGAGAAGUAUGAGAAGUUUUUCCAGGGAAACAACUCUCUCUUCCAGAAUACUGUUGCCUCCAGGGCUCGGGAGGUGUAUGCCCGACAGCUGAUCCAGGAGCUGAGACUCAAACAGGAGAAAAAAUCCUUCCAAACGAAAGAGAAGAAGGCAGAGACGCAGGGGGAGUCGGCCGGCGAGCGAGCGAGGGGCAAGAGCGCGAGGAGCUGGCCACAGAAACCACAGCAGGAACACAAGGCCACGGCCCCCGUCUCCAGACAAAAUCUCCAGCCAUUGACGUUAGCGUCCUGCACACCUGAGUUGCUCUUGAGUGUCAGAGAUGCAAAGACAAAUGAGACAGACAGCAGCCUCGCCCCGGAGGCCCCCACAAAAGAGGCCGGCCCUGCACGGCGGCACACCUCUGCACCUGACCUCAGGCACUCGAGCCUUCUCGGCUGCCCGGGGCUGGAGCUCGGUAACCCCCUCUCCAGAAUCAAGGAGGUCAAGUCCGCCUCCGCAGUGAACACAUUCACCAGCACUGAGCCCUUAACCUCAGUGGAAACCUCCCCAGAUUCCACCACCCAGGACUCAGACUCCCCAGAGUCUCUGCCUAGCAUGACCGCGAAAACCAGCCCUGAGUGCAGUAGCCCCAAGACGGUCUCCUUGAAAUACAGGCAGCACCACGUCUCCCAGCACCUCCUCCAGGGGAAAAUCUCGAAAAUUUCUCUGCCGACAAAUUCCCAGAGCUUCUUAGGAAAUCUGAACCAGAGCUGGGCUUCGCCGAAGAGUGACGCGAGGAAGCAGAGUCUGAUGUCUGAGCUAUUCACCAAGGUUCCCCUGAGGGAGAAGCUCUCCCUGUUCCCAGCUCACGACAACCCGAAGCUGGUGCUGAGUAACAAGUCACAAAACCACUCCCUGCCCUGGGAGUGCUGCUGGGGCGGCCAAAGCUCUGGCAGGAAGAGGCGGCUGCACGUGUCCUCCCUUGUCCUCCUGCACGAUCGUCCGAGCUACAAUGUUUCUCUGAAGGAUCUGCUGGUGGUCGCCACCCCAGCCCGACUGGAUCCGAGGCCUGGCCGAAGCCACGGGGGAAGCGUACACUCACUGCCCGAUCGCUGGCCCAAGAGGAUGUGAGCGGAACUAGUUAGCUUCCGGUGCUGAAGGACCGUGACUUAUGAGAAGUAUUGGAGAUGCCCCAGGAUCCACCCCAGCUGCCCCACCAGUGGCAUUCCUACGGGUCCCUCAGAUGGCAUCGUCAUCCAGAACACUCCCCCCCCCCCCCCCAGGUAGAGCAGUGUGAAGGGAGGCAUGUUUCAGGGAAGGACCCAAAGCUUCCAGGGAUGCAAAGCCCCCAGUCCACCAACAGGCCUGUGUCAGUUGGCUUUCAACCUCGAAGAGAAAAGACAGAGAAAGGGCCAGGCCUGAAUGGAGAAUUCUGAGCCCUGAGACCAGACCUCCUCCCACCCCAGCCACCUCUGUGCCCAAACACCUUUGUGCCACCUCCCUCACCGGUCCACAUCGAUCCUGCUGAUGGAGAAAGAAGUGAGGCGAGAGUGCCCAGCGUGCAAUGUUUCUUCCAUCAACCUGCAGAAAUGACGCAUCUUCCCCUCAAGUGUACAUUAAUAAAUUGCCACGCUCAAUGCCAGGGUGGUGAGCCUGAUCCAGAGGGGGGAUGGGAAGGGGGAAGGGGGAGAGAUCGUUCUCGCAAGCAGCUCCUUGGGAAGAAAGCUCCAAAUUCACUGAAAAUGCAUCAGGAGCCUUUGAAGAAUCUCUUUGGACGAAUGGUAGGCCCUGCCCUCCUUGCUGGGAGGCUAGUGCCCAAGGUGGCCCUUUGCGCAGGGGGCGGGGGGGCACGGUGGCUGCCGUGUGCCUGUCCAGCAUCGGUUCUGGCUAGACUCCGGGUGUAGCAUUUCAUUCUGCCGGUUCAUUCUCUACCCUCUCCAGGAAUGUGAUCCAAGAUUUUGCCCCUCUUGUUCUUCCUGAGUGAGAGCCCAGGAAUGAGGAGCUUUGGAGGCGGGGCGCGGGGUGGGGGGU